GAAUUAUGCCCGAGCAGUCAAAGUGAGACAUUGGCGCUUCGAGCACGUAUCCGCGGAUACACCGGAAUAACAAAAAACAAACACUCUGAAACUCAACAAUCCAACUACACAAUCCAACAGCUGUGCCGCGCAAAGAUACAAAGAUACUCAGAUACUGUUCGAUUUUAGCGAAAGAGAUGGAUGGGCUGCAAAGUGCUUGCAUCGAUGCUGGCGUUGAUGGACAGUAAUAAAUUCGGCGUGAAAUUCGCGCAGAUACUUAGAUACUUAACCAUCCCGCAGAUACUUAUCGCGAUCUGUGACAAAUUGCGCGAGUGCGUGUGUUCUUGUGAUACUAAAACCCGUCCAAAUCCGUCGCUUAGCCCUUUGCGGCCAAUUACCCCUUAGGACCAUCCAAAACUCUCACCUACAGGUAGAACGCAAAAGUCUAGCCAAUUUGCCAGCAGGAUGCCAGCGGAUUAACUCUCCAGAUAUCCGGCUGGUUGUGACAAUUAUACUUUUGUGAUAGUCCACUGCAGUUUCCGCCUUCAGCACAAGUGAAAUUCGUAGUUCAGUGCAGUAAACAUCUAAAAACAAACUCGAUUCACCAAAGGUGAACGCCGUCGGCUAACUGAAAUUACUCCAAUCCACCACUUGGACCCCUGGCCUCAGAAUGGAUCCCGACUGCUUCGCGAUGUCCUCGUACCAGUUCGUCAACUCGCUGGCCUCCUGUUAUCCGCAACAGAUGAAUCCGCAGCAGAAUCACCCCGGAGCGGGCAACUCGAGUGCGGGCGGCAGUGGAGGCGGGGCGGGCGGUAGCGGUGGCGGGGGCGUGGUGCCCAGUGGCGGGGCCAACGGGGGUCAGGGCAGUGCGGGGGCGGCCACUCCGGGUGCGAACGACUACUUCCCGGCCGCGGCGGCCUACACGCCCAACCUGUACCCGAACACACCGCAGGCCCACUACGCCAACCAGGCGGCCUACGGCGGACAGGGAAACCCCGAUAUGGUGGACUACACACAGCUACAGCCGCAGCGAUUGCUCCUGCAGCAGCAGCAGCAGCAGCAACAGCAACAGCAGCAGCAACAUGCCCAUGCGGCGGCAGCAGUUGUUGCCCAGCAGCAGCAGCAACUCGCCAACCAGCAGCAACACCCGCAACAGCAACAGCAGCAGCAGCAGCAGGCCAACAUCAGUUGCAAGUACGCCAACGAUCCUGUGACGCCGGGCGGCAGCGGGGGUGGGGGCGUUCCCGGCAGCAACAACAACAACAACAGCGCCAACAGCAACAACAACAACAACAGCCAGUCGCUGGCCAGUCCGCAGGAUCUGUCCACCAGGGAUAUAUCGCCAAAGCUGUCGCCCAGUUCGGUGGUGGAGAGCGUGGCCCGAUCGCUGAACAAGGGCGUUUUGGGCGGAAGUCUGGCGGCCGCCGCCGCCGCUGCCAGCUUGAACAACAACCACAGCGGAUCCGGAGUACCCGGCGGUCCGGGGAACGUCAAUGUCCCGAUGCACAGUCCGGGUGGCGGCGACUCGGACUCCGAAAGUGACAGCGGCAACGAGGCGGGCAGCAGCCAGAACAGCGGCAACGGAAAGAAGAACCCGCCGCAGAUAUAUCCGUGGAUGAAGCGAGUGCAUCUCGGAACGAGUACUGUGAAUGCCAAUGGCGAGACGAAACGACAACGGACCUCAUACACCCGCUACCAGACGCUGGAGCUGGAGAAGGAGUUCCACUUCAACCGCUACCUGACCCGCCGCCGCAGGAUCGAGAUCGCGCACGCCUUGUGUCUCACGGAGCGCCAGAUCAAGAUCUGGUUCCAGAACCGGCGCAUGAAGUGGAAGAAGGAGCACAAGAUGGCCUCGAUGAACAUUGUGCCCUACCACAUGGGUCCCUAUGGCCACCCGUACCACCAGUUCGAUAUCCAUCCGUCGCAGUUCGCGCACCUGAGCGCAUAGGACGCGUGGCACUUUUCGGGUACUGGUUAGAGACUCAAUCAGUUGUAUCAGGAACCAUAUCAGACGGCGGCGGCGGCCUCGGCGGCCAGCGGCUACCAGUCGCAAGACGGCGGCGGAGGUGGCUCCGUGGGGGUGGGAGUGGGUGGUGGUGCGGGGUCAGUUGCACUGACCGCCAACGGCGGCAGCAAUGGCAACGGUCCCAACUCCCUGUUCGCCUCCACCGCCCCCGGCUCCCAGGCGACCGACUGCAUCAAGUAUCCGCAGGAGUUCUGAUCUCAGGUUAUCAUCAGGCAGCAGCAGCUGCAUCAGCAGCAGCAGCAGCAGCAGCAGCAGGAUAGCCCCGUGGAUCGCAUUCAGGAUCCGGGGCUCGAGCAACUCUUGGAGCCGGACUGUGAGCCCGACCAGGAGUUGCUGCUGGACUUCAAGGCGGACAUUGUCGGCUGCAAUUUGUUCUGCUGCUGAGAUCUGUCCGCCUGCCACGCCCCUGCCGCUUCCAGCCUACCGCCUACCGCCCAUCGCCUACCGCCUGUCGCCGCCCGUCGAUCAACCAACAUCCAGUGAUGUUUCUUGUUUGCAACUGAUUCGUGUUAAGCUAAGAAACGAGCCAUACACCGAUGGUUCGUUUGGGUUUAUGAUACUGGAGGUUGUACCCCGAGCAAUCGCAAUCCCACUCAUCACAUUUUCAAAUGUUAAAUAAUAAAAUCUUCAAAAAGCAAAGCAGAUACAAAUUUGUAAGAUGCAUUCAAAUCUAGUAAUUAACAUAUCAAAAUGGCUCACUUUCUUAUUGAUAUUUGAUGCUAAUUGACCGUUGGAUCAUACGGAUAUGAUAAGUACUUCUUCAAAGUUGUUUCUAAACCUUUAUAAGCGAGUGCUCGUGGGUCCUUCCAGUAUGAUGAAUCUCUUUCUCUAAGCAGUAUUCGAAAAGCUGUUAGUUCGUAAGCCUAGCAUAAUUUUAGUCUCUAAGCAGCACAGAUGAACAGACAGAGCUGUCGAGUUGAACAAAACUAAUAUCUGCAAUAAUUUCAAAGUGAUUUCUAAUUAACAUUAGUUCUUCGUUUGUACCACCCAAGACCCAGACCCUGAUCCUAACCAACCAACACCCCACCCAGCACCCUCCAGGGAGUCCUCAAGAGUGUACUUAAUUCCUAGCUAGUAGAGAACCUUACUCUAGUUAACCACAUAAGGCUUUGUUUAGUUUGUAAAUAGCAGAGCGUUCCAGCUCGCCUUUUUAUGUUUGUGUUUCGUCUUGGAGAGAAAAUUUCGGAAUUAUCUGUAACUGUUCAAUUUAUUUUGUGCGCUUGCGUUUGUGUUGUUAAAAGUGCUCUAGCGGCUCGAAAAAUGCUUUACUAAUUUUAUCAAAAAUCAAUCGUUUUUAAUUGCCACUGAAGGACAAAUUCGGAAGUUAAACAGGAAAUAAAAUAUUUCAAAAUUAGCAUAGAACUUGCUAUAGUUAAUCAGGAUUUUCUUUGGAACAACAGCUGACCCUUCCAGAUUAUUUAUUCAAAGGCCUCUCAACAAUGUCUGUACAUUUAAUUCGGUAGUUAAUCGAUACAGUAAGCCAACGAAAUUUUAUUAAAGCGAGAAUUGUUAAAGCCUAAAGCUAAAGGAAACCCAUAAUCGUAAUGUAAAGUAAUUAUUUAUGCUGUACUUUUCGCUAAGCUAAGGUUAGUGCAUUCUAGAACUAUCGGUAGUCUAUGUGAACCUAGCUCGUAAGCCUAAAUUAUGUAUAUCGAAUUAGCAAGAUAAAUUUUAGAGAAAACAAAUCAGAAUGAGCAAGGCGAAGCAAAACGAACAAAACUAUGGAAAAUGAGAGAAUCAAACAAAAAAUACCUAGCACAAAUUAAUUAAUCGUUUUUUGUUUCCCAUUUUGUACAUUUGUUCAAUCUUAGUUUGUACAUUUUCGAUUGUUUGUUUAAUGCAAUUUGUCGGAUCCGUAAUGAAAUGAUUUUCCCAAUCGAUUGAAUGAAACACCAUUCGAAGUUUCGGGUUAAGGGGGCACUCACUGUCCGCCAGGCACAGUGGGCGCAAAAAGUUUAACUGCAUUCCAUGUAAAAUAAAAUUACGCAACUAAUUUUUAAAGAAAUUCGCAUGUAUGUAUUACCUUAAUCUGGGUUCGAUUACAAAGGCAAUUAUUAUAAAAAAAAAUGCAAUCGAAAACAAAAACAGAUAAAACUUCAACUACCACGAAAACAAUACAAAUAUAAAUAAAAACAAAACAAGUAUGUAAACAUGUAUGAAUAUGGAAAAAAUAAAAACUAUUUUAAAUUGUA